AAUAACUCGCCGAGUGAGUUCAGCGUUGCACACGUUGCUCGAGGUAAACAAACGGAAAAAUAGAGGGAAAUUGAGUGUUUUCCGGUGGCGUAUUUUCCUCUCGGGAAAUAACACAGGUCGUCCUAACGUUCUCCGGUGUUGUCACAGAGCGGUCGUGAUCUGAGACGCUCCCGAUCGUAACAAUAAUAAAAACGUAAACAACUGAUCCUAGAUCAGCUGUGAAUUGGACACGCGCAGGAUCUCCCUACACUCUCAGAGUGCACUGGUGGGGACAGAAACAGCUGAGCUAGGGCUACAUGCUGAACACAACACAAACACCGAUCGUUUCAAGUGUCAGUUGCCUUGUCGAUGGUCGCUGGAGUAUUUUCGAUUCAGUGGAUACUAACCGUGGUUCGACCAUAGAUAGUGAUCGUGUUUUUUACAUUUAGUGGACUCAGUUAUGGUGCCCCAACAAAGUAUGGAUGCAUCAAGUUCAAAUAACGCGAAUAGCAGCGUGGUUUUUGGAUCGCAGCUAGUUGAUAAAAAUUCAGCCACCCCCUACUCUGAUGCCACUCAGACCAAAAAGAACAACCCAAACCACAUCAAAAGACCCAUGAACGCGUUCAUGGUGUGGUCACAGAUAGAACGGAGAAAGAUCUGCGAAGUAUCACCGGACAUGCACAACGCAGAGAUCUCCAAGAAGCUGGGUCGCCGUUGGAAGCUACUCAACGACGAAGAAAGACAUCCCUUCAUCGAAGAGGCUGAAAGGUUGAGACAACUCCACCAACAAGAAUACCCAGACUACAAAUACCGCCCCAGAAAGAAGCAGACCAAACCUUCCCCCAAAGCCACAACUGCGAAGAAGGCGUCCAAGAAGAGCCCCAGGUCUAAGAACGACACAAACAACAACAGUUCAGUGUUCAAAGAACGCAUAUACAACAGGAGGUCCAAUCUUCCAGAUGCUGUGGUGUCGAAGUUGAAGGUUAGAUUGAGUGGAGGAGAGACACAGAGGAUGUUGAGUCCGCCUCCGGUUACCCAGGACAUGAGGCCUUUACCACCCAUAAGCUUCAUGGCGAAGGUACCCACAAGUCCUUCCUGCGAUACACCAGAUUCACCAGAAAGCGCCACCAUCUACGACGACACAUUUGCACCACUACAUUCUUGCCUGGUAAAAGAAGAACCUGAAGACAGACUAGGCCAACAGCACACCACAACGCUUGACGACCUGGACAAAAUAGAUGAUCUCCUUCAAAUAGAUGGGAUUAAUCUAGAAGCCUUAGCAGACAUAGAAGGCUUGGACACGUCGUCAAACAGUUCAGGUUCUCACCUAGACUUCACAUGUCCCCAGGAUAUUCCAAUAUUCUCCACCUUAGUAGGAAGCCAUUGGAAUACGAACAUGUUCGAUUGUUGAAGAGAGACCUCAAGACUGUUUUUGGCCCAGUUUUUAUAACCAUUUGUAGUAGUCGGCAGGUCGCACCAAGUGCAAAGUCCGAUGCGAUGCAGAAGUCCCAAAUGUUAUCGAGAAAUAUAUUUUUGACUAGUCGCAGUUGUGACUUUCGACGAAAUACGAAUUGAAGAAGUGAUAUUUCCAGCUUGGAAGUUUGCAAUACGAUGUUAACUGUGAAAUUGUUGAUGUAGCUUCACAUUGUGAUACAUUCUGAUUUAGACAGACUGUUUUUUUGAAAGCAUCGGAUGUGUAUUCUAUAUAUUACCUAAUGAUAUAUAUUUUAUUGUAUUAUGAUCUCAUUUUGUUUAUUUUUCGUAUUUAUCAUUUUUUUUUUAGUCAACACAAUAUGCGUAUUCAGAGCAAGUUAUUCAGUGCCUAGCUCGGAAGAUGUGUCGGUUUCAAAAGAUUUUCCCUACACAUUUUGACCGCCCAAUAAGAAAAACCUAUAGGCGGACGCAAAGUCAGGCUGUGAUCCAUCUCUUUUGAUGACCAAUGCUUUAGUUGACAUGAACCGUUAGACUUUAAAGAUUUAUAGUGUUGCUCGCUCGCCUGUUUCGACCGGUUCAGUGCCACGAGUUGAGAUGAAUGGUUACGAAGUUAUGAGAUUUAUUCGUUUUUGUUAGGGAGGUCUUCGCCAAAUUCGCUGAUUUCGGUUCGAUAUGUUUUCUGAUCACCCCCGUUGAAAUAAUCCUAUUACAUUAAUCAUAACAGUUUUUCACUUUCUAACCAGAGCUUGAAAGGCUACUGCUACUACCAAAGCACGCUGAGCAAUCUGAAUUUAUUGCUAGGGAUAUUAAUAAAAAGUCACCUUUAGAAGCUACCUACCCUACCAUAAAGUAUACUCCAAAAUCUAGCCUAAGAACUUUAAUAUUUUUGAGUACAAUUUACUUGACCUUUCCUGCUCUGGUUGUUACUUUCGAGAUCUGUAUGUUAGUAACAUUGAAAUGAAAGUACUUGAUAAUACCCUUUACUGUACAGUUUAAGAAAAAUUCACACCAUUUUAGAAGAUUGGAUUGUUACUAGCAUCAAGAUAGAAAUACUCUCUUCGAAGUUCUGAUUGAUACUAGAGUUCAAAUCAAAAUUUACAAAGGUGCGAUAUCAACAACAAGAACUAAAAUUGGAUCAAUAUCCUACAAAUGAAAUUUACUCAACCUUUUGAGAUUCCUUUGUAAAGUACCAACCAACAGCUUUUAUUUACUGUCUAAAUACUAGUAUUCAAUCCACACGAUAUUCGAAGAUCUAAUUGUUACUAACAUCAAAAUGAAAUUAUUCCAAAGUGUGGUACACUACUACUAGUGUACUACCACUACUACUACUACCACUAAUAGACAUUACUAUACAUUUUGAAUGCUAGGGUACAAUUUAGACGAUCCUCUAAGAUUUUAUCAACUAAAAUUAAAGUAAUCAAGAAACUGUACUGUUCAGAUUACUUGCUUGUAAUUUACUAGUUCUUCAAAGAUUUGAUUGUUACUAACAUUAAGAUAGAAUAUCCUCUACUGUACAGUUUGAAUACUAGGAUUCAUUGCACACGACUCUCAAAAAUUUGAUUGUUACUAGCAUUAAAAAUGAAGUGCUUGUAACUUACUAGUUCUUCAAAGAUUUGAUUGUUACUAACAUUAUUAUAGAAUAUCCUCUACUGUACAGUUUGAAUACUAGGAUUCAUUGCACACGACUCUCAACAAUUUGCUUGUUACUAGCAUUAAAAAUGAAGUACUUAUAAUUUACUAGUUCUUCGGAGAUUUAAUUGUUACUCACAUUAAGGUAGAAGUACCCUCCAAUGUCAUUCAAUGUAUAGUAUGAGUAGAACGUUAAAACAUUCUACUAGUUUUGAAAUGAAUUUGGUUUUAACUUACUAGAUCUCCGAAGACUUGUUUGUUACUAACAUUUAAGAUAGAAGUAUCCACUAACCGAACCGAAAACAGAAUUGACGAAGACCCCAAAAUGUUUUUGAGUGCGUUUGAAUUCGUCUACCCUUCUAUCCGUUCAGAUAAGUAUCCCAAAAGUCGCCACACAACAGUCUCAGAUAAUCGCCUGACAAAUGUGGCAUCCACCCCCAUUUUUUUCCAAAGCAACCGAGGGAAAAAAUCAUUCACAUUCACGCACAAUCUUGAAAAUUAGAAUUUAUCUACGGAAUUUACAGAUUAGACAUCGAUACCCUUUUAUACAUACGAUUGGCAGAGUCAGCAGUGCCAACAUGGCCAUUCAAGUCUCCCCAGAAACUUUCGGUCAGCUAAUAUGAACGAAGGGGGGAAAGAAAGAUUACGGGAAUCCUUUCCCCGCAAAAAAGACCUAUCCUGAAAAUGUGCUCUUCGAUAUCUCCGCCGACAGGCGUUUUUUUAUUACGAUAUCGGAAAAAGUUCGGUAGAAUGGAAGAACCAGGACAGGAAUUUAUAUUCUAUCAUUAAAUAAACCUGGGUUGGCGAGGAGAUUGUUUUUUCUAACUAUAGGGUUAUUAUCAGCUUCUGUUUCGACUUUGUUAUCGUUUAUUAUCUACCCCCAAGUUGGGGUCCUUUCACGAACAACGAAUAUUUGCUCCAAACAACCAAUGACUGUAUCGAAUUAUCUUUUUAUGUCAAUAAUUCUUUUUCAUUUAUAAAUGCGUAAUUGCUAUUUAUAAUAUAAUACCUUAAUUAAUAGACAGGGACUUGAAUUCUAUUAAAAUAUUGAUUUAUGUUCUCCAACAUUAUCAAUAAACGUUUUGAUUAAUUUCCUUUGAUACCGAUCUGAAAAAUUGUGUUAAUGUUCACGAAAUUAUUCAUUAAUAGUCCCAUAUUAUUCAUUAAUAGUCCCAUAUUAUUCAUUAAUAGUCCCAUAUCAACCAUAACGAUCUAUAGAAUCAGCUAUAAUGAUAAUGACUAUUUUCAAAAGGGGGGUCAAUGAAUUUGUUAACGUUUGGCUGCUGAUUCUGCCCAAGUGCUAGACUUGUCCAUAUAAUAUAUAUCUAUAUAUUAUUUUUAUAAAUAUAUAUCAAUAUCAGGGCGUUGAGUUGCUGGUUAACGAUGUGUUCAACACUAAGUACAAAUUCAACUGGAUCAAUUCAAUUCAUGCUUACAAAUUUUCGGCUGAUUUCAACCAAGUUUCUUGAACUGCGUUACUCAGUGCCCCAAACGUUCGUUCAUGUGCUUUCAAUGUCCUAGGAUUAUCCUUUUUAAGACUAUUGUUUAAAAUAAACGUUAGAGCGAACUGUCCGUAAUUGUAAGAGUUUUCGAAUUUUAAAUUUUAUAAGAGGCAUGAUAAAUAUUUGUAACCGAUGUUUCGACAUUACGUUUAUGCAGAGUUCUGGAGCUUUGUUGGCGACUUUCGAAGAGAUAGAUUUGUAGAUGGAGGCUCUGAGUACUUGGAAGUCACGUUGUGAUAUAGUUUUCUCAAUUUCACCUCCAUAUCUCUGUAAAAACGCAGAUGUAUCAUGUAUAUAUAGUAUGAAAUUGCUCAUAUGAAAAGUGUUUGUUGGACUUUUGACAGGAGCACUCGUUGCUCCUGACUCGUCUUGGGUUCACUCGUGAGCUCAAUGGCAACGAAGAAUUUCAGGAUUUUCCUCCGCAAGAUGGAGUCCUUGAGAUGCGUUGUUGACCUUUUUGAUGAAGGGGAUCAACCUUGAGAGAUUACAAACUUAGCAAUAUUUUUGCAUUUUUCUCGAUGUACCAUAAACCAUGCAUUUUUAAAUCCCAUGUAUUAUAUUAUCCCUAUAAUGAAGUUAUUAUAUAGUGUGUAAAUUUUGUAUUGUAGUUGCUGUUAUAGUACAUGCAAUAUAGUCAAUAAAAGAUUUUUUCAA